AUGUCAGCGCGCGCUCUCUCCCUCCCUGUCCGCUCGCGGUGCCUGCUCCGUACUCCACAACAUGCUCGGUUCUCAACCCGGACGUCACUGCUCGGCGCCGGAGGCCACUAUGAUCCACCAACUGGAUGGCUCUUUGGCGUCAAGCCAGGUCACAAAUAUGUCAAGGAAGGCUGGGAGACUAUCUUCUACUAUGGUUUCUUUGGAAGCUUCCUCGUUGCCGGCAUUGCCUACGUCUUCAAGCCAGACACCUCGUAUGUCAAUCUACAUAUAUUCCUUAUUUAG